GCUCGUGCAGUAGUGCUUCGUUCGAGCUCGAGUACGUCGCGUCGAAGCUCUCCUCUUCUCUCUCUAUAUAUAGAUAGAUAAAUACACGUUGAACGUAUAAACACACACGAACCAAAGUUAUCUUAUUUUAUUUUUUAUUUGACACGAGAACAAAAAAGCUGUGCUUUUGAAAGCUGCUCCGUUUCGCGCCGGCCACGUUUUUAUUUUUCGUUUUUUUUUCUUUUGAUUUCUUUUUGAUCUAAAAGAAAAGAAGAUAUAAAACGAUGAUCGCCAAAUUCUUUGUGCUUUUCGCGAUGUGCUGGGCCGCUACGUGGGCGGCGCAGGAGCUCAAGGUCGAGAAGGUCUACGUGCCCGAGGUGUGCGACGUCAAGUCGAAGAAGGGCGACCAGCUGACGAUGCACUACACCGGCACGCUCGACAACGGCAGCAAGUUCGAUUCGAGUUUGGACAGAGACACCCCGUUCACAUUCCAAUUGGGCGUCGGUCAAGUGAUCCGCGGCUGGGACGAGGGCCUCCUCGACAUGUGCGUCACCGAAAAGAGAAAGCUCACCAUUCCGCCUCAGCUCGGCUACGGCGAUCGCGGAGCCGGUAAUGUCAUCCCUGGAGGAGCCACCCUGCACUUCGAGGUCGAACUUAUCAAUAUUAGCGACUCGCCCCCGAACGCCAACGUAUUCAAGGAAAUUGACUCCGACAGCGACAAUCAAUUGUCUCGUGAGGAGGUUAGCGAAUACCUGAGGAAGCAGAUGGUCGAGGCCGAGCAGACGGGCGCCGGCGAGAGCGAAGAGAUGAAAAAGAUGCUGGCCGAUCACGACAAACUCGUUGAGGAGAUUUUCCAGCACGAGGACAAGGACAAGAACGGCUUCAUCUCGCACGACGAGUUCAGCGGGCCCAAGCACGACGAGCUCUGAAUGCCGCCGACGAGAAAUAAACAUUUUCAAAAAAUUUCAUUCAUCCUACAAAAAAAGACACAAACAGACAUACAAAAACAGCACACGAAUCUAUGAUGUUACGAAGGACUCGACAAAUUUUAGAGAUAUAACAGAGUGCAAGUGAUUAAUUAAUUAAGGUUUUUGAUGGUGAAAUAAAAGUGUUUGAUAUCAUUGUUAGGAAUCAUUGUUAAUGUGACGGAGACUACUUUCGUUUGGUUAAGAAAAUUUCGCAUUGUUAAGAUACGUGCGCAUAUCUCGUAAUCGAUGACUUACUCUUCAUUUUUUUUCACACUUUGUAUGAUAAACGAGAGAAAUUCAGAGAGCGAAUUUUAUUGAAGAUUUAAAGAAAAAAAAACUAUCGACUUUUAUACAUAUGACAUGCAAACAUUUUAACACAGUUUAAAAGACACUUACGGUGUGCACAGUGAUCCCGAUAUAUUCUCCGAUGUGAAGUGACUCUCAUUUUGCGUGCAAGUAAAGUAAUAAACGUACGAAAGAAAAAACGAGUACAAGGUUGCGAAUGAAUUUUUUUACUACAAUAUACAUAAAUAUACUAUGAUUGAUAUAUUGUAUGUGGAUAUGUGCGUGUUCGAUUAUUGCUAAAAGAAGAAAAAACAAAGAAGAAAAUAUGGGAAACAAAUUUUACGAGCGAAAUGAUUCUAUGCUACAUGAAAUGAGUGAGAGUGUUUUUACUUAUUUUUUUUUUUAUAAAUUUUAUCCCUUGAAAAUUCGUUAAUGAGAUUAACCGUUUUUUCUCAACUUUGACCAGAAAGCAUUCAAUGCAGCGACAAUUUGUAAAGUUGAAACUUUUUAUACGAUACUCAUGUAAAAUUUUUAUUGCAAGAGAUGUUUUUAAUUGGAUAAAAUAAAUCAAAUGAAAUAUUUAUAGAAAUUAUAAACUUACUUGUUGUACAUCUCCGUUCCUUUAUAAGCUUUAUAUUCUCCAUAUAUUAUACGAUGUCGUUCGAUCCUCAGCAAUUCGAUUUUAAUAAUGAAUAAUUUUAUACAUUUGAAAAUCAAGUUGAAAGUUGACUGAAGUAAGCAUUAACAUCACACUAGUUGCUAGUAUUAUUAAUGUAAAAUUAAUAACUUUUAUUUUCACAUUAUAUUGUAUGUUGUUAAAGUUGAACAAAGGUCAAUAAUAAAUCGU